AUGGCUGGCUCCAACGAUGACAUUGUCUCGCCAUUUGGUCCGCUGCAGAAUGAACUGGCACGGAUGAGAGGCGCGAACCUCACGGCUGCUAUCCAAGACGUUGACAAGAUUAUCGAGCAUCUGGUAGCAGCUAGGGAGCGGAUUGCUGCGGCCGACGCCGACCAUCAUCGAAUCAGCAUGGAAAUGACGAGGCUUCAGAAUCCGGUCAAAGAACGACUUGAAGCUAUCAACAACGAUCUCAGAGAUGUGACCAAGGCGCAGCGUAGCUUUGGAAAAGCCCUUGACAAGGCCUUGCCGCAGAGGGAACUGCCGAUGGGAACAGAUGCCAUGGCGGAUCACCCAUCUCUCAUAAACCGCGCCAUAGCCAUGCAUCUCGUCCGAGAGGGCCAGUUUUCCGUUGCAUCGACCUUUGUCCGCGAGUCACGAGACCACCAGCCCCCCCUCUCCUUAGAGCCCUGGUCUCCCCGUACGGCUCGGACUGAUGAAGAUGGCGAUGAUGACAUGUUACAAGGAGAUGGAGAGGAGGAAGGGCUAACCGGACAUGGAGUCAGUAACUAUCCCGAGGACCUCCAGGGGCAGUUCGCAGAGAUGUACAGCCUACUGUCCGAGCUCAGAAACAGGAAUCUAGGACCAGCCAUCAAAUGGGCACGCCAAAAUAAUAGCAGGCUGGAGUCAGCAGGGAGCAAUCUGGAGUUUGAACUCUGCAAGCUGCAAUUCGUAUGGCUUUUCAAGGGCCCGGGGAUCAAUGGACUGCCUGACGAUGAGAGGAAUGGGGAAAGGGGCGCAUUAAGAUAUGCGCAGGAACACUUUGCUCGCUUUCAGAGUCGGCACCUCAAAGAGAUCCAGCGACUUUGCGGUGCAAUCGCCUUUGCACCAAACAUUGAGCAGUCUCCCUACCGGCACAUCUUUCAGAUCGAUUCGGCAUUCGAAGAUGUUGCUGCUUCAUUCACCCGCGAAUUCUGCUCUUUAUUAGGCUUAUCGGCUGAAUCACCGUUAUAUGUCGCCGUCACGGCCGGCUCCAUUGCUUUGCCCCGACUAAUCAAGUAUAAUAAAAACACAAAGGAAAAGAAAACAGAGUGGACGACGGAGAACGAGCUAGCGUUCGAAACGCCUCUCCCGCCAUCCAUGAUUUACCACUCCAUUUUCGUAUGCCCUGUCAGCAAGGAGCAGACGACGGAACAGAAUCCCGCCAUGAUGCUCCCUUGCGGGCAUGUGAUUUGCAGAGAAAGUCUGCACAACAUGGCGAAGGGCUCAAGAUACAAAUGUCCGUAUUGCCCGACAGAAGGCCAUUUGAGAGACGCCAUCAAAAUUACACUUUGAGACCAUUGUCUCUUUUCUUCUUUCUCUUUUCUUUCGUCCUCUUUGCGGUAAUGGAAAAGAAGGAUUUGGCUUGACAUCUAUUGAUAAACGAGGAGGGCUUUGGAUCUUCUUCAUUGGCGUUUUACGGUAUUUCAUGUUCAAUAAUGACCUCGUCUCCAUUCGCUCAUUCUUUUAUUUUUUAUUUUUUGUCUAUCAAAGCGAGGAUAGUAUCUUUUCCACAGCAUGAUUUUGGGACUUUCUUUUCUCCUCUUUUUUUGAUAAGCAACUGGGUAUCUAGCUAUUCAUUUCACUAUUCUUCCUCUAGGCGGCAAUAAAAUUCACCGUGUUGGAUCCGCUGUAAGAUGUAAAGCGCUCUUUUGUAGGAUCAGUGCUGUUUCAAAUCAGGAACAAAUCCCAAU